AUGCGACGUCCUCGCUUAGCCGCUCUGGGUCUGCGAAUCUACCCAUGGAAGGACUAUCAGGACUUCAGGCACCAGACGAGUCGAAAGCGCACGACGGCGGGAAUGGAUGUGGAUCGUCAUCGUAGCAGGCAUCGGCUUUUUCAACUGAUGCAUAUGCUGUACGUGACGGCACCCAUCAGGCAGGGAUCAUCAACUGACUUUGCAGAUCUUCUCUGUCAACAUGGUUCUACCCAUAAUAAAUAUUGUCUAUUGGAACCAUUCGAACUGGACCGAGUCAAAUGCAGUCCGACACGACUACGAGGUGGCUCUGAGUAUAGUCACUUUAGGCGGUGUACUGCUUGGCCAGAUCGCCUUUGGCUUCGCUGCGGAUGUCUGGGGACGAAGCAAGGUGUACGGCAUGGAGUUGGUUAUUCUGAUCUUCCCCACUCUGGGACUCGCAUUAUCGUCUUCUGGGGCCGAGAAUUCCAUGUCUGCUAUCUCCCUUUUCUUGUUUUGGCGUGGACUGCUCGGGAUUGGUUUGGGAGGGGAUUAUCCUGUCGGCAGUUAUCUGUUCAGAAAACCUGUGUCCGAAGUCUUGACACUAUCUGGCGUCUUCUGGUCGGACUAGGAGCUGUGCCUGCCUUUAUUGCAUUGUGGUUCCGGCUGACGAUCAUCGAGUCCCCUCGCUAUACAGCAGAAGUCACCAAAGAUAGUCUCCAGGCCGUCAAUGACGUAUCACAGUUCUACCAACGUGUUAGUAUCGACAGUGCAUCAGUCAACAGCGUAGAACCACCCUCGCCGGAGUCAGGUUCAUUCCGACUAUCAGCAACCCAAUCAGUCGACCACCAGCCAGAUCGGCCUGCCUCUGCUGCCCCCUUUGCGGAACAAGAUGCCGCCUCUCCAUUGGCCAUCUUGAACGACUUCAAGCACUUCUUCGGGCAGAAGGAUAACUUCAGAAAACUGGCUGCCACAUCCCUCUGCUGGUUCUGUCUCGAUCUUCCUUUCUACGGCCUAGGACUCAUCAGUCCACGGAUCACGCGAAUCAUCUGGUUCGGAAGCAAACUGCCCCGGACUAGUCUGUAUCAGCUACUCUUUCAAACAGCAUAUCAGAGUACUGUGGUUGUUUCCUCUGGCGCUGUCGUGGGGAAUCUGCUAUCAAUCCUCACGAUUGAUAAACUGGGUCGGCGCAAUAUCCAGCUGAACGGAUUCUUCUGGUUAUUUUUGCUGAAUGUGGUCAUUGGCGCUUCAUUUCAACACCUGGUGAACCACGAUGAUUCGUCAGCCCUAGGACCCAACACAACAACAUAUAUGCUUCCUGCUGAACUCUUUCCAACUCGAUUCCGGUGCACCUGCCACGGCAUCGCCGCUGCAUUCGGCAAACUCGGCUCGGUCCUGGCGCAGUGUUUCCUGGCCUAUGUGGAUUUCGGUAAUGGAGCAGACUAUACCAACGUCCCAGAUUGGUUGGGAUAUGCUCUUCUUUGUCUAUCUUUCUUCAUGCUCAUGGGGCUCCUCAUCACAUAUUUUUUCAUCCCUGAUGUCCGAGACAAGGAUGGACGGACCAAGUCCUUGGAGGAACUUACAGAUGGGAUGAUGCCAGGCGAUGAGUUUUCCCGGGCUGUGGCGAAUGGACAUCCUGUACGGGGAGCAAGCCCUGAGAUGACACAGGUUGAUGGGGAUAGUGCUAGUGUAUAA